AUGCGCAACGCUGUGGGAGACACCUUCCAACUCUUGCUGACGGCCUUAUGGUUGUACACCCGCGAAGCCUGGCUCCGCCACACCUUGGACGCGCUGGCGCUGGCGCUGCAGCAUCUGCCGGAGGCUGCCAUGGGCGCCACCGGCUCCGCCCCCGAGUCGGCGCCGCUUCCCACGGUGCCCACGGCGCCGCAGCUGGUGCCCUUGGUGGAGGCCCUGGCGCCGUGCAUGCAGCUGGUGCAGUCGGCUCUCAGCUGGUUUGAAGAGGCCAACAUCCAUCACACGGCUGUGACGUAUCGACCCUUGCUGUUGCCCAUGCUGGGACUUCAGAGGCUGGUCGACAGGUAUGUGGCUUUCAGAAAGUCUGAGGCUAGCAAGGAUGAAUCACGUUUGGAUAGUGCCUUCUGGCUGUCCCUAGGUGGUGGCUCCUUUUUUAGCUCACUCUCCUCCAGAAACAGUGCUAUCACCAGAUUGGCCAAGACACGCUGCAAUGUUCUGCUAAUCAUCAGGCCAGAUGAGAAGAUACCCAGCUAUCCCAAGCACAUGUCUCUGCGUGGUAGCAACGUGGACGACUCCCUCUUCCCCUUGGAGAGCUUGUUUCGCAUCUCGCGCAUCACGCGAACGGUGAGCACUGAGCUAGAUGUGGAUGGCACUUGCGGUCUCACCAACAGCCGCUGGCCGGUGAUCAUCAUCGAGGUCUACUCGGUGAGUUGUUUCUCAGAGGCCAUGGAGACACUUCACCUUCAACGGCAGCUGAGACCCAACGAGCUUUUGACGAAGGUGGAGGAAUGGGUUGCCUCGAGUCCGUUGGAGCACGAAGCUGAACGCUACUACUUGGCGGGGCUCCUACUGGCGAAGGCUUCAAGAUCUUCCCACACUAGCAAGGCAGCAAAGUUGCCACCAGAGCAACAAGUUUUCCUAGAGAAGGCGCAGAAACUCUUGGGGCAGUCCUUCGAGGUCAGUCGUUCCGCGGGCGACCUGGACCUGGCCACGCAGGCGCUGUUGUCCAAGGUGCCGAGCGCGGAAAGGGCUGAGAAACACCAGUUGGUGCAGAUUCCUGGGGGAUCCAGUGGCGCAGAAGGGGCAGAGGGACGCAAGGCCUUCGACCUGUUGAAAACUCAUUUCGGCGAAGGCAGGGGGUUUAGCCAACGAACCAAAGAGCUGGUCAAAGAGCUGGCAGAAGAACUCGGGGAGUCCUGCCCAAGAUGGGCUGACCGCUGA